GUGGACCAGUUCAGCCUGUGGGUGUGGUUGGAGCUGUACCGGCCUCCCACGGGUGGAGACCUUGAGCUCCUACAGGAGGUGCUGAACAGCUGGUACCUGCUUGGGCGGCUGGGAGCCUACAACUCCUCAAACCUCCAGGUGCUGUACCACCAGGACGGCGACCUGGAGGACCUGGCGUAUGAUACUGAGGAGGCCGCCGCCAUGCCCGCCACCUUCCAUGAGAUGGCAGAGCUGGAGGCGCAAGGCUCCUGGGCCCGCUUCUGGCUGGACAUGGGCACAGCGGAUGAGCUGGCGCUGGAUGUGCUGGUGAAUGCGCUGUCCAGCGUGUCUAAAGAGCAGCUGGGCAUCCGCCAGCUGGUGGUGGGCGGACAGAACGAGGACUGGCCCGUG